AAAUAAAACAACAUUUAUUUAUUUUCUCUCUAUUGAUCGAUUGAUUCAAAGAGGGAUAAAACAAAAAAAAGGCGUUCUUCUUCGUUGCUGGUGAAAUUCAAAUUGGAGCUUUUGAAAAUCCCCAGAGAAGCUGCCAAAAAUCGAUUGAUUAGCAGCGACUUAAAAGCCCAAGCUUUCCCUCGAUUUCACGAAAUCGCCACCUCGUUUGUUUGAUUGAUUGAUUGAGGAAAUGGGAAGUAAAAGAGAAGAAGAAAAGAAGGAGAAGAUUAUUCGUGGGCUUAUGAAGCUUCCUCCCAAUCGUCGUUGUAUCAACUGCAAUUCCCUUGGUCCUCAAUAUGUUUGCACCACUUUCUGGACAUUUGUUUGCAUGCCUUGUAGCGGGAUUCAUCGUGAAUUCACUCAUCGUGUGAAGUCUGUAUCAAUGUCAAAGUUUACUUCUCAAGAGGUUGAAGUGCUUCAAAAUGGUGGUAAUCAGCGUGCCAGAGAAAUAUAUUUGAAAAAUUGGGACCAUCAACGGCAGAGACUUCCAGACAACAGUAAUGCUGAGAGAGUUCGCGAAUUUAUUAAAAACGUGUAUGUCCAAAAGAAAUACGCAGGAGCAAAUGCUGCUGACAAGCCUCCUAAUGAUUAUCAGAGCCAUGGAAGUUCUGAAGAUAUGACUCGACGGGCCAACUCGUAUCAUUCUUACUCACAAAGCCCUCCUUACGACUAUCAGUACGAAGAGCGGCGUUACGGAAAGAUACCCUUGGGACUUACCGGCAAGUCUGCUUCAGUAAAAGGUCUUCAUUCUAAAGCUUCUAGUUUUGUAUACAGCCCUGGACGUUUUAGUGAUCAUACGCUUGAAGACCAAUUCGCAAAUGAGAGGUCUGCUCCAAGGGCUUCAGAUUUUUCUGCCUCAAGUGGAGGAGAUACUUUUAGGUCUGAAAUACAGUCCCCAAAUUUCCAGCAAGAAGGUGGGUUUCGUAGUCCCCAGUCUCAGCAUUCAAAUGCCCCUCCAAGUGAAAACUUGUUUCCAGCCAAGCAACAUCAGAGAACUACGUCUCUUGGGAGUGUCAGAUCAGUUGACAGUAAUUCCAUGUCUAUCAAGUCAUAUACUUCGAGCGGUUUAGGGGAAGGCGUAUCUGAAAACGCUCAAAAUAUAGGAAGCCAGCAGCAAGAUAAAACAUCUACUCCAGUUCCUCCAGUAACAGAUUCUACAAAGGCUCCUAUUGAUUUGUUUCAGUUACCAGGAGCGCCAAUGGCUCAAUCAGUCAGUACAUUUCAACCUUCAGUUGGAGCUCCAUCCCCACCUGUGAAUUUUCAUCAACCUCCACAGACGCACUCAUCCACUCCAACAGAUUUGUUUGCUCCUGGACACUUGGGUCAGAAACCCACUUCAGGACCACCUGACUUGUCUGCGUCUAAGAACGAUGGAUGGGCUUCUUUUGAGAACCCAAUACCUGCUGCAAAAUCUACAAACAUUACCACCUCCGCUGGAGUUCCCGAGAUGGAAGUGAAAAAUGAAGGCAUCCCGCAGCCUAGCACAAGCAUGCAAUGGCCACCUUUAUCAUCAAUCCUGGAACAGCAUGCUUUGUCGGUAUCAAUUCCGUGGCAGGAUGAUCACUCAAAGGUUGUAAAGAAUGUUGCCCAUAACCCGCCCUGGAAUGCCUUUCCGGACUCUGUGGAGGCCAGUUCUAUGGAUAACGCUAACCAUUUCCACCAACAUGGACCAAGUAUUUCGCAAUCUAACAGUGAUCAACACCAUUUGCCACAAGUUGAGGGGUUAAGUAAUGAUGGUACCCAGACAGGUGCUGACUCUUCUGGUUUUGGCUUUCCAGGGAACAUUGUCAUGGCACCAGCCUACUCCCCUUACAUGGAAGAAUCUUGGCCGCCUGUAAAUGAUCAAAAGUCAGCUAAUCCCUUUGAUCUCCCUUAUGAUUCCGAGUAUGAAUCAAAUGACAUGUUCUUGGACAUGAGUUCUUUACAUGGGGCGCUGCCCGACAUCCAGACCCCACCAAACUUCUUUAAUGAUGUAUCACAACCAUGGCUCGCUCCAGAUUCUGUACCCUCGUACCUACCUGCUCCAGCAGGCGCACAAGGUGGCUUAUCAUGGAUGGCAGAGCAAGCAUCAACAUCCCAACUACAGAAUCCAGCAGCACAAGGCCAUGUUGCAUCUACUGGAGGAAAUCCAUUUGCUUAGAGACUCCACGAUCUGCUUCAUCUUCAGUGCUUCUAUUUAUUUUAUUUUUAAAAGAAACCACUCUUGUCAAAGCAUUGUGUUAAUUUUCUUAGUUCAAAACCAACUCAGCUGUAUGUACGUUUUGAGUUUUGAGUGUAUUUGCAAGUGGGACUUGAAUGCCACGAAUAA